UGUUUUUGUAGUGUCUCAGUUCAUUUCCUCUUAAUUAAAAUCAUUUCCUCCUUCUGUUAUUAAUGCAUCAUUUACUUCUGGAAACCAUAAUCUUUUUUUGGGUUCUUUUCUUCAAUAAGUUUUCUUGUGUUCAAUUCAUACUUCUCUUCAAAGAAAAGUGUCACUAAAGAUUCUCUGUUUCUGUGAGUAAAGGUUCUUUAAUGGACUGCGGUUAAUUUUACUAAACAACAUUGAUUUGGCAAAUGCUGAACAUAAGUAAAUGGUGUUUGAGUUGUCUUUUUUCCUAGUCUGAUGAUUAUAUAAAACUGCACUGAGAUGAGACGGACUUAAAUAGAGCGACAGUGAGAGUUUAUAUAGCCGACUAUAACUUGCCGGAAAUGAAGUUUAGUUGUUGUUGUCUUAGUGACUUACUGCAUUUUUUUUUUGUUGGGUAAAAGUGGUGCAAUACCAUUUUCUCCUAGUUGAGAACAUGUUCCUGUUAAGGACUUCCAAAAGUAGGAGUAGAAUUUUAGUAAAUUUCAAGAAUUCAUCAUAGAGGGCCCCUUGCACCAUAUGUUUUUUAAUAUAAAGUAUCCAAAGUUGAACCAUGGUUUACAUUCACUUUUCUAAUUUUAAAAGUUUUGGAGUUGACUGAUAUGUUUCAUUACCUAACUAAUGGGCUCUGUCUAUGGUUUGUUUCACUAUUACUCCUAACUUUGAAUAACUUAUUCACAUAAUAAUAACUACUGAUCUAAUCAAAUUCUGUUAAAUUACAUCCAUGAUAUUUAUGAUCUUUCAUGAGUGUGAACAUGGCUAAAUAUUUUGUUUCUGGAGGGGCAACCGGUGAACAAGUCAUCCCGCGUUCACGUUGGAUUUGGGAAAGAGCCGCACCCCCAAGGGAUAAUGAUGUAGACAUUCUACCCAAAUGAAAGCAUUAGUGGUUGCUUCCACGGCUUGUACUCAUAACCUAUAAGACUCCGGAAGAAAUGAGACAGAAGCUUCUAUACACUAGUCUUGAACUUGAAAAACUGAAAAUGGAAGCAAGUGAAGAAAAGAGAAAGAACAAUGAAUAUGUGAAGCAAUUAAUACAACUUACAAAGAUGGCUUAUCAAGAAAGAGAUGAAGCAAGAGAUCAACUUCAGAAACUAGUCAACAAAAUCAAUCAGGCUGAUUUGCUCAAUACCCCUUCUCAAAUCCAAGUUGAUUGUUCAAUAUUUAAGGUCACGAAAGCAAAUUCAAGCACUAUUGAAUCGAAUAGUCUCACUGAAACAUACAAUUAUCAAUCACAGAAUUCAUCCCCCGUCGAGUCCUUUUUGGAUGCUGUUACAUCCCCUGAGCUUUCCAACAUCAAUGUGGCUGAUUCAAAUGCAAUGCCAUUUGUAAACCACCCUCUCGUUCCGGUUUCAUACACCGUUGUACCUCAAGAAAUGGCAAAAGUUGAUCUUGAUUUGGCCUCGUUGGCUAUUGAAAGUCUUGUUAAGGGAAAGACUUUGCCUCAACAAGGGAAAUUCCUUCAGGCUGUUCUUGAAUCAGGGCCACUUUUGCAAACACUACUUGUAGCCGGACCGCUUCCUAGAUGGCGUAAUCCGCCUCAGUUUCAGCCAUUACAUAUUCCACCAGUUUCAAUUAAAGGUUGUGAAGCUGGUAUUGUCACUCAGAAUAAUGCUGCAAAUUCUAGUCAUCUUGUUUUACCACUCAAUCCUCAGCCUUACUUUGAGAUGACUUGUGGAUCAUCUCAAAUGUUGUCACCUUAUUUAGGAUAUCAGAGAUUGGUAUCUGCAGGUGAAAACUGUAACAGUUUUGUUCACCUGGACAAGAGACAAAGGUUGCAGUGAGAGAAGCUGAAACAUGCCUAUGCUUCUGAUUUUUGUAUAAAUUCUGAUUUUAAUUGAAAUAGCUAUAACUUGAUGAAA